UUGAGGAACGACUUGUCAAAGAUCAGAUCAACUCAUCACAAAAAUGCCACACCACUCGAGCCAAGUGUCUUCGGACUUGAUCUGGGAGAUCGUUGGAGCCCAAAAUGCCUUCCUCGUGAAGCGCGCCCAAUCCGGAGGUGUCCGAUUCUCUCGCGAUCCUUUGAACUUGGUCAACAAGCACUCCCGCAAGCACGCCGGGUUCGUCAACGAGAAGGCUGUCGGAAUCCAAGCUGCUGAGGGCGACAAGGGAGGAGUUACUUUGGUCACCAAGAAGCAACAGCACGCUCAAAAACCAGGUGCCGCUGCCCACAAGACCACCUUCGGCGGAAACAAGACCACCAGAAAGACCUACAAGGCCAUCGUCUCCAGCACCGCCAAGUCUGGAUACCGACCUGAUCUCCGUGCCCCAGCUGUUGCCCGUGCCUCUGCCAUCCGUUUCUCCCAGCGCCCUAAGAAGGAUAUUCCAGAGUCGAAGGUUCGUGGAGCUAAGGCAAAGAAGGCGGCUGCUGCGAAGGAUGAGUAAAUCGGGAUGGGCAUAAAUGGAAAUGGGAACGGUCUUGCUAGUUACUCAUGAAUAGAGCACAAUUCCAGGAGUUACUUUGGCAGCCAUUGAGAUGAUUGUUCAAGCUUCAUGCAUCAGUGAGAUUUGGAAUGUGACCCAUUGGGGCUCUUGAGGACGUGUUGGGACUGGAUUCUGUAUGAAAGCUGCAGCUGUCCCGAGAUCAAUCGGCUAUAGCGAAUUUCGGAAUCUCAAAAGCCCAUCCGACAACUCCCAAACUUACAGCCGUGGAUGCAUGUACCUUAUGAAAGUAGGUUUCCGACACGUGAAGAUCGUGAACAGCCGCUCCAACAAGAAGAAGCCUCGUCCGAUCCUCUCCGAAACAAAGCUACCUCGGCGAAGCGUUGUUCCUAGUGCUAAAUAUAAUCUCAAAAUCCACCUGGGCUCGCUGGGGACACAUCCAUCAUUGUUGCUUCAUUUUCCAAAACACAAA